AUUGGGUUUGUUUCUCAGUGUACCCAGAAACAGAAGCAGAAGGAGGAAGACGAUUAGCGAGAGAGAGAGAAAGGGGGGAUAGUUGGCGAGUUAGGGUUUGGAAUUCAACUCACUGAGUCUUUGCAUUGUGUCGCCGGCUUUUUCUUUCGCCGGAGAAAACUUUUUCUCCGAUCUCCCCUGCUUUUGUUUUAGAUAGCGUAGUCGUUUGAAAGGUCCGGUUUUCCGGCGAGGAGUAUGGGGUUUUCCAGUGAUUCCUGAUGAAUUGAGUGUGGGGUAAUUCCCGAUUUUGACCUAAAGCAAAGGUUUUUACUCAAAUUUUUUACUGGGUUUCUUCUUCUUCUCGAUUUUGGGUUGAGAAGACCGAGCAUGACUGUGUGUCAUUGUGAUUGAGAUUUGGGGUUGAAAUUUUUUUAUAUAAAAAAAUAAGAAAAAUUAUUCUUUUGAGAUUCGGAUAAUGAUCUCUUUUUUCUUUUAUGCUUUUCUGGGAGUGUAAUAUCUAUUAAGACAAUUUUUGCUGACACUCAAUUUUUGGUAAAUGGAGCAGAAAAUCUAGGCUAAGUUCUUUAACUUGCUAAAUUGGGUUUGAUAUUUGAGGAAACCUUGAUAAAUUUACAGCUUCAGUUUCAUAAGUGCCUAUGUUUUUUUAAAAAAUAAAAAGGUUUUGGCUUUUCAUUGAUUGUUUUUUAUAUUAAUAGUUUUGCUGGGUUGAAUUUAUUCUGUGCCCAAUUUUCCAAUUGAUUUCCUUCUGUUAAUGAAUGGAUCAUUUCCUAAUAUAGUGGUUACUGCUACAGGCAGGAACCACUGGCCAUUCCGUGUCUCAAUUUUUUUGGCUUCCAAGUCUGUGGCUUUUCCCUCAUUCUUUCACAAAUCCUUGGUCCCAGAAAGAGCUUCACUCAUUGUGACCCUUUAGCUUUGCUAGUGGAAUUGCAACUAUGGCUGUCUCUUUGACACGUUUGUCUUGGUGGUUGUGGGGUGGCAAGGAGAAAGAGCCUGUUUCUAGUGGCUCACCUUUGAAUUCAUCUUCUGAAUGGGGUUUUAACUUGAAGGAAAGAGAGUCUGUGAAGUUCCCUUUGGUUAAGGGAACUAAGAUAGCUCCUUCUCACAGGAAGGAUAGAAGGAAAUGGAGGAGCAGGGAAGAGAGGAGAGUUGAUAGAGAGUAUGAUGUUGUGUUGGUGCUAUCUGAUGACGAUGGUUGUUUCUCAGGCUCUGAAUCUGAUGAUUCUGACUGGUCCAUUGGGUGGUUGGAGCCUCAUGGCUCUGAUUUUCAGAGUGAUGAUGAGUCAGAUAAUAGUUUUGCUGUGUUGGUUCGUUGCUAUAGGCAUGCCUGCAAGGAGGUGGAGGGUUCAAACAACAAGCUUUUGAGUGCCAUCAAGAGCCUUCCAAAUGAAUUUUCUUCUGCUGGCAACAGUUAUGUGGAACACUGGUUGGCUUCUCUUCAGAAUUUUGAAGCGUAGAUUUCUGCUUCAUCUAUGACUAAGGACCUUUCUGACAUCCUACUAGAAGUAGAGGAGGCAAAAUAAUCCAUUAUCCAUCCCGUGUAUUUUUUGUACAUAGAAUCCUCUUCUCCUCUUGUUGUAAAAACUUCAAUUGAAAUGGAAAUUUUCGGUCUAGAAAAUUAUAUAUGGCCAAUCAAUCUCUACUGUAAUAAAAACGAUUUUCAUGUGGAUAUGGAGUUAUAGCUGAGGAUUGCUUG